AUGGAUGGUCUCAUGAAGCAAUCUGCAAGAUUUGGCCAACCAAAGACGAAGCAGGCCCUGGCGAUAUGGCCUGAAGAUGAAGAUGUUCUUUGGAAGUCGGGUGUGUUGGGCAGAAGAAACCCAAAGCAGCUUGUGGACACGAUGUUUUGUCUUGUUGGCAGGAAUUUCGCACUGCGCAGCGGAGAAGAGCACCGUGCGUUGCGCUUUGGUUCCACCAGCCAGAUCAAGCUGGUGGAGAAGGACGGGGAGCGCCCGUACCUUCUGCACACGGAGGAAGUUUCGAAGAGUUACCAGGGUGGUCUCAAGACCUGGAAACUGACCCCCAGAACGGUCAAAGCCUUCAAUAAUCCGCAGUGCCCCGAGCGGUGCAUUGUCUCACUUUUCAAAACCUACACGAACAAGCGUCCAGAUAGCAAUGAGUUUUAUCUCAAGCCGUUGAGAAAACCAAUCACUCUCUCCGCCGAACGUGUGCCACGGUCCUCUACGAUGAGGGCAUGGACGAGCAGCUGA